UGUCGUUCACUAGAAAGGUUCAUACCCACACUUGUAAUCACCCCGCGAUCCCAUGCCUCCGAAGGAAGGACAGACGAAGAAGGCGAAGAUGGCCGCGGCCAACAACGCCAGCAAGCGCGCGACGAAGAAGUGGAGCAAGGGCCAGACCCGUGAGGCCCUGCAGAAUGCCGUGAUGUUCGACAAGGACACCCUCGACAAGCUCCGCAACGAGGUGCCGAAGUACAAGCUCAUCACCCCCGCCAUCAUCUCCGAUCGCCUGAAGAUCACCGUUUCCCUUGCCUCUGCUGCGCUGAAGCAGCUCUGCCGCGAGAAGCAGAUCCGCCUGGUGUCGUGCUCCAGCAAGCACCGCGUGUACAGCCGUAUUGUGGUGGCCGCCCCCCCUCAGGAGGCCCCGGCGGCGAAUGCUGCUAAGAGCAGCUAAGCCUUUGGAUGUCUGAGGAAGGAGGUAAUAGUCAUCAUUUUCCUUUGGAUCAGUGAACUCACAGUUACGAUAUUUGUUUGUUCUUUAAAUAAAUUUACGUAAA